UCUCUUCUCUCUCAUUCUUUUUUCUCUCUGUUCGUCCACAAUUUACAAUUCAGUGGAACAAAAUCCACUUCUAUCUGACUCCAUCUGUCAGCUUUAGACUGGUGGUUUUCUCUCUCUUCUUCCUCUCUGUGCUUCUUGUUGUUGUUCUUCUUCUGCUGCUUCUUCCUCUGCGAUGGAGCUGGUUCCGUACUCAGACCCCAACUCCAGUUCCGACCCCAGUACCCUCCCAUGGCAAGACAUGUUCCGAUCUGCCUCUAUCCGCAAACCAGACCCCUCUCCUCAGAACCACGCGCCCCCUCCUCCGGCCCACGCGUCGCCUCCUGCUCCUCCUCCGGACCCGGCAGCCUCGAGCCCGGAUCAGCGCAGCCUCACCGGGGACUCCCAGGUGCGCCUCGCUAUCUACAUAGCUAUGGCUCAUGCUGGGCUGGCCUUAACCAUAUUCAUACUCUACGCCGUGGGUAAACUUCUUGAAGCUUAUCUCAGGCCAAUUCAAUGGGCUGUUCUCUGUUCGAUCCCUCUCAGAGGCAUUCAACAGACGCUUGUGGGGUUUUGGUCCGAGCCCUUGAGCUUGGGUCUCACAGAGACCGUGUUGGCAGUUCCCGUAGCGAUAUUUCGGGUUUUUGUGGGUACCCUUGUUGAAAUUCGUGAUGUUUGUCUCCGGGUUCUUCGUGGGAAGCCCAAGACGGAAGAGUUGAGGCGACAUCGAAGUGGGUUUGCCAAGUUGGUUCGGUGGCUUGUGUCUUUUUGGCUUUUCGUGAUCCUUUAUGAGAGUAUUGGGGGUGUUGGAUCUUUUACACUUCUUGGAUUAUGCCUCAUGUUUGGCUCUAGGAAUGUUGAUUCAACCAUGUCUAAAGUUUCCAGUUUAAGGAGUGGUAGCUUUCGUAGAAGUGAAAUUAGUGCGUUUUUCACCAGAGGGAUACUGAAAAAAUUGAAAACCAUUGUGGCAAUUGGGUUGAUCUUUGGUAUGAUUGUGGGGUUCUUGGUGGGAAUAAUGUUUUUCUCGUAUAAGAUUGGAGUUGAGGGGAAGGAUGCAGUGAUUUCAGUGAAAUCUCAUGUGGAAGAGAGCAAUUAUGCAGAGAGGAUUGGUGUUAAGAAGUGGAUGGAAGACAAUGAUGUGACUGGGAUGGUGGAUAGGUACUCAAACAAGUUCUAUGAGACUGUUUGGGAGCAGAUUGAUGGUCUGGCUAUGCAGUACAAUAUGACUGAGUUUGUUGAGGGGAUUAAGCAUUUUGUUGUAACACAACCCCCUGCUAAUUCUUCAGAGCAAUCCACUGCUUCGGUUGCCCCAUCACCUUAUGCCGAGAAAUUUUUGAGUUUGCGGAAUCGGUUAAGCAAGAAGGAAUGGGGACAGAUUUAUACAGAGUUGGAUGCAAUAUUUCGAGAAUUAUUGAUCACUAGGGCGGAUUUGGUUGAGAAGGCUAAGGGAUUUGCAGUUCAAGGGAUGGAUGUGGCUCAGCGUUUGUUUGACAGUUACAAAUCUGUUCUAGGCGGUGGUAUGAAAUUCAUGGUUUCCAUUGGUGAAUCCAUUAUAUCCGGGGCGGCUGAGGUUUUCAAUUUUGUGUCGCAAUCAGCAGUUUUCUUCUGGGUUUUGUACUAUCUGAUCACAUCAGAGUCUGGUGGGGUUACUGAACAAGCGAUGAGUUUGAUCCCAAUGCCCAAAUUGUACAGAAACCGGUGUGUUGAGGUUCUUGAUAAUGCUAUUUCAGGUGUUCUUUUGGCCACAGCUGAGAUUGCCUUCUUUCAGGGAUGUCUCACAUGGCUUUUGUUUAGGCUAUACUCAAUACACUUCUUGUACAUGUCAACCAUACUUGCAAUAAUCAGUCCUCUGCUGCCGAUCUUUCCAAGCUGGGUUGCCACUAUCCCAGCAACUAUACAAUUGGUACUGGAAAGUAGAUACAUAUUGGCCAUCACUUUGUCACUUAUUCAUCUUGCACUUAUGGAAUAUGGUGCAUCCGAAAUUCAGGAGGAUAUACCUGGCUAUAGUGCAUAUCUUACCGGGCUUAGCAUCAUUGGUGGAAUGACAUUGUUCCCAUCUGCCCUAGAGGGAGCAAUAAUGGGCCCGUUGAUAACUACUGUGGUGAUUGGCCUCAAGGAGUUGUAUACAGAAUUUGUUCUGGAUGGACCAAAGCAAGGUGAGGAGUAGGCAGGAGCUUGAGAAGCUGUCAGUGCGCCCACCUUCCCAUAAAUUUGAAGGUGGUUAGAACAAGUGAGAAAUAGUUACUGCAAGCCAAUGAUUUUUUUGCAAAUCUGUUGGUGUCCUAGUAGCAUGUUAAUUAAAUGAUCAUAAAUUAAUUACUGUUCCUGUUUUUAUUCCUAUUCCUAUUUUAGAUUGGUUAGAGGGGUGUUUCUUUUGUAAAAUUGAUGUUUGUUGGGGGCUUGUUUGAAUGAGAAUUGUACAUUUUCCUCGUAUUCAUUUGUACAACAUUUUUAUGUGUUCCAAAUGUUUUUGGAACUUGGAAAGGUGUGAUUAUUUCAUGAA